AAAAAAAAAAAUACCUCUCAAAUUUCGACUUCUCACAAACCUCCAACCCUUUUCCGAUCCAUCCCCACACCCAAACAAAUCCCGCCACCGCCACCACCACCACCGCCACCGACACGACGGCGAAAAUUAACCGCCCCAAUUUCCGGCCACCACCACCACGACGACGACGACGAUCGAUCAGUUACAUAAUCAAUCGAUCAUGAUUUGGGGCAUACGUUUCCCGACUGCAAUCAUGAUCCAUCCAAUCAAACACUCUCCAUAGAAUCUCUCCCAAUCCCCAAAUCAAGAUCCGAUCCCCAAAUGUUGUUCAUCUUCUUCAUCCUCGGAACCCUAGGAUUUCUGUCCUUAUUGGGGCAUUUCGUCGAUCAGUCUGUGGGCACAUCAAUCCGAUCCUUCGUCGACGAAAAGUUCGGGGCAUUCCCCGAUUUAUUAAUCUACUGUCUUCUCGAAUGCGCCGUCAUCGUCUUAAUCUACCUCGACGCGAUCCUAUCGUUCCUAUCGAACGAAUUGUCGCGCCUUUUCGAGCUCCGAAUCCCCUGUUUGCUCUGCACCCGCAUCGACCAUGCACUCGUAAACGGCAGCUCGAAUUUGUACUACAACGAGUCGAUAUGCGACGUGCACAAGAAGGUCGUAUCGUCACUCGCGUAUUGCAACGCGCACAAGAAGUUGUCGGAUAGUCACACAAUGUGUCAAGGAUGUCUUUUGUCCUCGGCCGCGGAGAGGGAUUUUGAAUUCGAUAAGUAUAAGUCGAUCGUCGGGAUUUUUCACAAGGACAACGUCGUCGAUUGUUUUAUCGAAGAGGAUCCGAAGCUUAGGGUUAAGGCGUCGAAGAAGGAAGAGGUGACGGAGGUCGUGGAUGAGAAUAAUCGAGUUUUGAGGUGUUCUUGUUGUGGGGAGACUAUAAAGUCGCGAUCGUCGUCUUCGAAGCAUAUGAGGAGUUUGUCGAUGAAUGUUCCUAUUGCAUCGUCUCCUCGGGUGCCUUUGGCGCGGAUAAAGAGCGGAAUCAAUGUGGAUUCGCCGCGGGUGAAGUUCUCGGAGGUUAAAUUAGUAUCGGAUCCCAAGGUCGAGCUUCUAGACGACGUGGAUACCUCAUCGAACGUCGAUAUUAAUGGUCGAAUCGAUACGAAAGCUGCGACAAUGCCAUUGCUACCCGACGCUUACGAUCCCAACGACGAAGCUGCAAGAACGCCUAAUUUCGCAAAGGGGAAUAAAUUUUUCGGAGCUGCAUUGUCAGACACGGUGCAGAUGAGUCCACAGUACGGAAACAGGGAAGUGAGAAGACCGAUGCUCGAGAAAGUCGACUCUAUUCUGGAGUCGAACGGCGCUGCGAUCGAUCCAGCGGCAGGUGACAUCAUAGCACGUAUGAAGCGAAAAAUCGAGUCGAAUCGUAAGUCCCUCAUGGUUCUGUACAUGGAGCUCGACGAAGAAAGGAGCGCGUCCGCGAUCGCGGCGAACAACGCGAUGGCGAUGAUUACGCGGCUGCAGGCGGAGAAAGCCGCCGUACAAAUGGAGGCAUUGCAGUACAAGAGGAUGAAGGAAGAACAGGCGGAAUAUGAGCAAGAAGCUCGACAGAUGAUGAGAGAGUUGCUGUUGAAGAGAGAGGACGACGUAAAGGCCUUAGAAGGCGAAAUCGAGAUGUACCGCGAAAAAUACGGGCAGAUGAAGAAUGUCGACAGCGAGAUCUGUGAAGUCGACGUCGAAGAAGAUUAUCAGCAGGACAUACGGUCUCAGGCGAUGUCAACGUUUAGUGAGAAAUCGGAGUGUGGAAGCGCGAAUGGAGUAGAUCAGAACGAGAAUGAUAACGAAAAUAGUUGCGCCGAAUAUAGUGGUAAAAAUCCGGACGAAGAUUUGGAAGGCGAGAGGUCGCAUCUUUUAGAACUUCUGAAAAAUAUUGAGGGCAACGGUAGCGAAAAGGUUGAAUCACCGGUCGAGAUCGAAGAUGAUCAAAAUAGUAAAGCCGAGGUUCAAAACAAGGCGAUGUUCACGAGAGAAUUAUCGUCGAUACGUGACAGGUUAAGAGUGAUCGAAGCCGAUAGUGGAUUUCUAAAGCACACGGCGAUGACUCUUGAAAAAGAUGGCGAGGAGGGACCGAAACUACUAACCGAGAUAGCUCAACACAUUCGGCAACUAAGGCAACCGGACAAAUUCCCCUCCGAAACCACUUUAGAUGAGUAACAGCGAACUUCAACAAAUUUUGCGCUUGUUAUAUGGCCGGAAAAUCAAGCUAACCUCGAAAAAAUGUGAAGGUAGAAUUUUUUUUUUCUUUUUUACAGAUUAUUCGAACGAAAAAUGUGUAUCAUAUAUCAACUUUAAGAUAGCUCUGACUUCAAAUUUUUCGAUUCUUAGAGUUAUUUUCAUUUGUACAAUACGGUAGACACCGGUAUCGUUGAAACAUAACGGUACCUUAUUCACUAUUCACUUAGCGUCUUUCAUUUCAUACAUUCCGUAAUUUUCAAACCGUUUAUAUUCUUGAGUACUGAUUCGGUGAUUCACGUC